AUGGCUGGCGCGUGGAAUCGACGCCCAUCCUCUAUCGUAUUCGGGAUUCUGCUUAUCGGAAGCUUGUUUGCGUAUACCAUUGCUUCAGAGGAGGCUGUCAAGAUUGGAACUGUUAUUGGCAUAGAUCUUGGCACGACUUAUUCAUGUGUUGGUGUGUACAAAAAUGGACAUGUUGAAAUCAUAGCAAACGAUCAAGGUAACCGUAUCACUCCUUCAUGGGUUGGUUUUACUGACGGCGAGAGGUUGAUUGGUGAGGCUGCGAAGAAUCAGGCAGCUGUUAAUCCGGAAAGGACAAUCUUUGAUGUCAAGCGGCUUAUUGGUAGAAAGUUUGAAGACAAAGAGGUCCAAAGGGACAUGAAGCUUGUUCCAUACAAGAUUGUUAACAAAGACGGUAAGCCUUACAUACAAGUGAAGAUAAAAGAUGGCGAGACCAAGGUUUUCAGUCCUGAAGAGAUAAGUGCCAUGAUUUUGACCAAGAUGAAGGAAACAGCUGAGGCUUAUCUUGGAAAGAAAAUUAAGGACGCUGUUGUCACUGUCCCUGCAUACUUCAAUGAUGCUCAAAGACAGGCCACUAAAGAUGCCGGUGUGAUUGCUGGCUUGAAUGUGGUGAGAAUUAUUAAUGAGCCAACUGCAGCAGCAAUUGCUUACGGUUUGGAUAAGAAAGGUGGUGAAAAGAACAUUCUUGUCUUUGACCUUGGUGGUGGAACAUUCGAUGUCAGUAUCUUGACGAUUGACAAUGGUGUCUUUGAGGUUCUCUCGACAAAUGGAGACACUCACUUGGGAGGAGAGGAUUUUGACCAAAGGAUCAUGGAAUACUUCAUCAAGCUCAUCAAGAAGAAGCAUGGAAAGGACAUCAGCAAGGACAACAGGGCUCUCGGCAAGUUGAGAAGAGAAGCCGAGCGUGCUAAGAGAGCUUUGAGCAGUCAGCACCAAGUCCGUGUGGAGAUCGAGUCCCUCUUUGAUGGCACAGAUUUCUCCGAGCCGCUUACCAGGGCCCGCUUCGAGGAACUGAACAAUGACUUGUUUAGAAAGACCAUGGGCCCCGUGAAGAAGGCUAUGGAAGAUGCCGGCCUGGAAAAGCGCCAAAUUGACGAAAUUGUCCUUGUUGGUGGGAGCACCAGGAUUCCAAAGAUUCAGCAGCUUCUCAAGGAUUAUUUUGAUGGGAAGGAGCCAAACAAGGGAGUUAACCCAGAUGAGGCUGUUGCUUAUGGUGCUGCUGUCCAAGGCGGAAUCUUGAGCGGAGAGGGUGGUGAUGAGACCAAAGAUAUUCUUCUAUUGGACGUGGCCCCUUUGACCCUUGGCAUUGAAACUGUUGGAGGAGUAAUGACCAAGUUGAUCCCGAGAAACACCGUCAUCCCGACCAAGAAGUCCCAAGUUUUCACUACUUACCAGGAUCAGCAAACUACUGUCACUAUUCAGGUUUUCGAGGGUGAGAGGAGUCUCACUAAGGACUGUAGGCUGCUGGGGAAAUUCGAUCUCACAGGAAUCCCUCCGGCCCCAAGGGGUACCCCACAAAUCGAGGUGACCUUCGAGGUUGAUGCCAACGGUAUCCUCAACGUGAAGGCCGAGGACAAAGCCUCUGGCAAAUCGGAGAAAAUCACAAUCACAAACGACAAGGGCCGCCUUAGCCAGGAAGAAAUCGAGCGCAUGGUCCGUGAGGCCGAGGAGUUUGCAGAAGAGGACAAGAAGGUGAAGGAGAGAAUCGAUGCCCGUAAUAGCCUCGAAACUUAUGUCUACAACAUGAAGAACCAAAUCAACGACAAGGAUAAGCUGGCCGACAAGUUGGAGUCGGAUGAGAAGGAGAAAAUCGAGGCCGCCACUAAGGAGGCUCUCGAGUGGCUGGACGAUAACCAGAGUGCUGAGAAGGAGGACUAUGAGGAGAAGCUCAAGGAAGUUGAGGCUGUGUGCAAUCCUAUAAUUACUGCUGUUUACCAGAGGACUGGGGGAAGUGCGCCAGGUGGCGGCGCGGGAGCUGAGGAAGAGGAUGAGGACCAUGAUGAGCUGUAG